AUGAAGGGUCAGCCCAAAUCCGCACCCUCAGUCACCCUGUUCCCACCCUCCACUGACGAGCUCGGCAACAACAAGGCCACACUGGUGUGUCUGGUCAGUGACUUCUACCCGGGAGCCGUGACAGUGGCCUGGAAGGAAAAUGGCAGCCCCAUCUCCCAGGGCGUGGAGACCACCAAGCCCUCCAAGCAGAGCAACAACAAGUAUGCGGCCAGCAGCUACCUGAGCGUGUCAGCCAGCAAGUGGAAAUCUGCCAGCCAGUACAGCUGCCAGCUGCAGGUGGGGGGCUCAGGGGUGGGGCAGGGCCUCCCACAGAGGUUUUUGUCUCAGUCUGUGUCACAGUGUGCUGUGUUCGGCGGAGGGACCCAUCUGACCGUCCUAGGUCAGCCCAAGUCCGCACCCUCAGUCACUCUGUUCCCGCCCUCCACUGACGAGCUCGGCAACAACAAGGCCACACUGGUGUGUCUGGUCAGUGACUUCUACCCGGGAGCCGUGACAGUGGCCUGGAAGGAAAAUGGCAGCCCCGUCUCCCAGGGCGUGGAGACCACCAAGCCCUCCAAGCAGAGCAACAACAAGUAUGCGGCCAGCAGCUACCUGAGCGUGUCAGCCAGCAAGUGGAAAUCUGCCAGCCAGUACAGCUGCCAGGUGACCCACGAAGGCAGCACUGUGGAGAAGACAGUGGUCCCCUCGGAGUGUUCCUAGGACCCUCACGUUGCAACUCCUUGGGUUGGAACCACAUGACCCUGGAGAAAUCUCUCUGCCGAACCCCAAUCCAUCUUCUUCCUGAACAUAAGCAUCUCUCAAUAAAAUAUCUUCCUUGUCAAUCAGA